UGUAAAAACACGCCCACAUACACAAACAGCACGCGUUUCACUCUGGUUUCACUGCAGUCGUGGGGUUUAAAAACCUGCUUUAACGGGGUCGUGGGGUUUAAAAAACCUGCUGUAACUGGGUCGUGGGGUUUAAAAAACCUGCUGUAACUGGUUCCGGUUGUGUCGUUAGCCCGGGAAGGCUCGGGCUGAAACGACCAGGAUGGUGAAGUGUGUCGUCACCGGGUGUCCGAACCGCUCGGUGGACGUUAACCGGGGGGUCUUCAAACCAACACCGAAGAGGUUCUUCGACUUCCCUAAAGAUCCCGCUCGGGUUAAGAUUUGGCUGGCGGCGCUUCGGGAGACGGACAGAGAUGAGCUGACGGAGCAGCACCAGAUCUGUGAAGACCACUUCCUGCCAGACGACGUCACCAGCAACGGCAUCAACCCUGCUGCCAUUCCCAUCAUGCCCCCCUACCUGGACGGGCAGCUGGGCCUCAUCAGCCCCUGGACGGCCGAGUCCUCGGAGGAGGAGGAGGAGGAGGAGGAGGAGGAGCAGUGGGGGACAGGAGGCUGUGAAGAAGAAGAAGAAGAGGAGGAGGAGGAGGAGGAUGAAGGUGGAGAUGCUGCUGCACCACAGCAGGAUCACGAUCAGGGAUGUUUUAAAAUCCCUCCUGAGCCUCGGACCACCAGUCCUGCAGCGCCGCAGACCAAACCCUGGAUCAGGUCCAAAGGGGUGAGACAAGAUGUGUCUCUGGGCACGCUGACUCGUGGUUUCCUCGAGUUGCUGCAGUCGUCUCCUGACGGCUGCGUGGACAUCCAUCAGGCGAUGAUGAGGCUUCAGACGCGCCGCCGCCGAGUCUACGACAUCACCAAUGUCCUGGACGGCAUCAACCUCAUCGAGAAACAGUCCAAGAACAAAGUCAAGUGGACAGGUCGCUGCUCCAUCUCCAGCCUGGCUAACCUGCAGAAACUGAAGGAGCUGGAGAACCUGAAGCAGGUGGAGGACGCGCUGGACGGCCUCAUCAAAAGCUGCGCCCGGCAGCUCUUCGACAUGACGGACGACACCAAAAACGCCUCGUGUGCCUACGUGACCCUGGAGGACGUGAGCCAGCUUCCAGUGUUCCACGAUCAGACGGUGAUCGUGGUUAAAGCUCCGGAGGAAACCAAGCUGGAGAUCCCUGCUCCCAGAGAGGAUGUCAUUCAGGUCCACCUGAAGGCCGUGCGGGGGUCUGUCACGGUGCUGACCUGCGAGGUGGACUCGGGAGGAGCCUCCAGCCCAGAGCCCGGAGAGAUAAGGAAACAUUUUGAAAAGCUGGAGGAGAGCCGGAUCAAGACAAGCCGCCUGCACACAGAGUCUUCAGGUCCUCAGAGUGCUGUGAAGAGUGCAUAACCAUCAGAAGACCACCAGGGGGCGCCAGAGCUCAGGACUCAAACCCUGGAAACACGACGAGGAGCUGGAUCAGACCACCUGCAGGCACCAAACACGGCCCAGAGGUCAAAGGUCAGGGACUGAAUCAGCUGAGACAACACCUAGCAGCCCCGACCUGUCACUCAAAGAGGCCACGCCCCCUAACUUUACAUCACAGCUCUACAGACCCAAACUGUUUAACAUGGGGCUCUAUGAGGACUGACUCACUGCAGGAGACAGACUCUAGUGGACACUGGAGGAACUGCAGCUG